AGUCUAUAUAUAUAUAUAUCGACACCCUUCUGCAACCCAUUAAAACGCUUCAAAAUGGGCUUCUUCAGCUUCCUCUUUCUCUUUAUUCUUUUCUUCACUCAACCCCAUUUCAUCAUUUGCAGAGCUCUUGAGUCUGAAACUGAUGAUGAGAGCCCAUUUUCUUACAUUGAAGGAACUGGUAAAGGACCUAAGAAGUGGGGUGAGAUUGAUCCACAUUGGAAGAUUUGUGACAAGGGAAAAUUACAGUCUCCCAUUGAUCUUCUUGACCAAAGGGUUCAAGUUUUUCCCAAUCUAGGGAAAUUGAAAAGAGAUUACAGACCAGCUCCAGCUACUGUCAGGAAUAGGGGACAUGAUAUUACAGUAAAAUGGAAAGGCCAUGCCGGAAAAAUUAACAUUAAUGGGACUGACUAUGGAUUGUUACAGUGUCAUUGGCACUCACCUUCUGAACACACAUUUAAUGGAACAAGGUUUGAUCUUGAGCUUCACAUUAUUCACUUAAGCUCAAGUGGAGAGAUAGCUGUUGUUGCAAUUACUUAUAAGUAUGGCCGACCUGACCCCUUUCUUACAAGGCUGUUUGAGCACAUUAACUCAGUGGGACAUGAAGAGAAGGAUUUGGGGAUUAUUAACCCAGGAAACAUUAAGUUUGGAAGCAGAAAGUACUACAGAUACAUUGGUUCACUUACAGUACCUCCAUGCACAGAGGGUGUAAUUUGGACUAUAGUCAAAAAGGUUAGAACAGUUUCAAGGGAGCAAGUUCAUGCAUUAAGGGAAGCUGUCCAUGAUGGAUAUGAAGCAAAUGCAAGGCCAACUCAAAAAUUGGAUGGAAGACUAGUGUGGAUGUAUACUCCAAGAGGAGGCCAUGGAGGUUCUACUUAAGUUUAACUGUGAUAGAGAGGAUAUUUUUCCACAUGUCUAUAUAUAUAUAUCAUAAAUAAAUUAUGUGCCAUUUGAUAAAUGGAACGUAUAUAAUUAUAUAUAUAAAUAACAUACAUUCACACACCCACACAGAUAUAUACAGGCAUUACUUGCUUAUCUUUGUAAUUUAAUCAUUAUGCCUAAUGUUCACUUGGCUAUUUUAAUCA